CGGGGAGCCCAUGGCGGGCAGCGAGGUGGCGAGUGAGGGGCCGACGCGAAGGGGCGGCGCGACCCGGGCACCCGGGCCCCCCGGCGGGCUGCGCGGCCAGGCGGCCGCCCGCUGCCCGGAGCCGCUGUCCGCUCCUGAAGCUCCGGCCGAGCGCGGCGCGCUGCCCGCCUGGAUGCGCCUCUAUUUCUACGGGAUGCACGGCAUCACCCUGGACGUGCUGGUGUCCUCCGCCAGGCGCUUCGCCCGCAGCCUGGAUCUGCGGAUGCUGGGCUUCUCUUCGCCCUACCGCUGCCUCCUGCACUCGCUCACCCACUUCGCCCUGGAGCAGCUCUACCUGCAGCGGCCGCGCUGCCCCAGCGCCUUCCUCUUCAAUUUCCUGCUCUACCCCUCUGCGCACGUGGGGCUGCAGACCCUGGCCGGCCAGGCGCUGCUGCUGAGCCUGGGCGGCGGGCAGGGGGGCGCGGCGGCGCCGGGGGCGCUCGACCUGGCGCUGCAGUACGUGCUGGCGCUCUACCACGGCCAAGUGUUCCUGAAGCGCUUCUUACGUUUGCGGUACCCGCGGCGGCGCGAGCAGCGCACCAGGGACCCGCUGCCCGCAGCCCCGGACUCCAGGAUCCUUUUGGAGGCUGGCGAUCAGGGACGAGGACCCUGUGGCCCAAGGGGCACGGAGGGAACCCCGAGCCAGGGGCUGCCCGACCUCCUCCGCUUCCUUUUCUUCGGAAUGCAUGGCUUUCUGGAUGAGAUCUUCUUCACCUUCUUCUUCAACGUGCUGGGGCAGGGGGACGGGGCUAGCAGUGGCCACACUUCGCUCUGGUCUUUCUUCAUGUACGGCAGCUGUAGUUUCGUGGUGGAGAAACUCUACUUCCACCUGCAGUACAGCCGUGGCUGGGGCACAUGGAAGCGGGUGCCCAUCUAUGUGAUCUUCAUCUAUGCGUGGGAGUUUUCCUGGGGUCUGGGACUUCGCAUGUGUGGGGCCUGUUCCUGGGACUAUUCUCACUAUCCACUUAACUUUAUGGGCCUCAUCACGUUGAUGUAUUUACCUGGCUGGCUGUUUCUUAGUGUGUAUCAGGACCUAUUGUCCAACGUGUUGUGGCGGGUACAGUACGUCCCAACGAACUAAGAUUGAGGAGAGAGAGAAAGAGAGAGAGAGAGGAAGUCUUAGAACCUGAAAAAAAAGGAUGCAAUUUAUUUUUACACAGUUUAAACGAGGUGGUUUUGUUCUCAGUCUUUUAGUUUUUAUACACUUUACUAAACUCUUCCAACAUGUUCUCCUUGACAUGUUAGUUUCACGGACUGUUUGGAAUCUGUAUGUAAAGUUCAGUACUUUGAAAUGUUACCCAACAAUAACUCAAAAUAUGUAACUCAUCGAUAAUUUAAACCUUUACGAGGCCAAACAGCAAACCACUCUACCUUAACCUAGGAAACGGGUAGUAUCCACUUAACCUCAAUGAGUAGUAGCUAUUGUAUUUCUGUUCUUCUAUGGAAGUUUUCAGAUCAGAGAACAGCGACUUUUACAAGUUUAUGGCUUAAAUGGUCUGUUUACUUUCUUUUUAAUGCGAUUUCAUAUUACUUUCUUGCCAUGUUUACCAAAAGUGGCUGGAACGACAUGUCUUGUACUUCCGAGCUCGUAAGCCUCAAGCCCACAUCUCUUAAAGUGCCUCUGUCCAGCAUGUAAGUGAGAGGGAGCUGGCAAGCGUGGAAACAACCGAUGAACACAUUUUGACACGAGAAGUCCUCUCUGUCAACUCCCACAGGUGACACUCGUCUUGGAAAUGAUGCUUUCCAGUGUUGGCUAGCCUUAAACUACGUGUGUUAGCGUUAAUCAGACCCUGUGUCAUCUAAACUUUUUAACUGUGCGAUAACUUAAUUGUUUACCUUACAAGUCCCAGGACCAGGUGAAAUUAUACCACCCCAAUGGUGUUCUAACUCUAAGAACCCCUUUUCUACAUAGAGCGUCAGAAAUAGAAACAAAACCUUGGAAUAAAAUGAAUCUGAAUUCUCCCUCUAAUUACAUUAAGCCUCCUUGUUUUCUCUAUUCACUGAUGUGUUUUCCACCAGAGUUCACUUUUCUUUUCCUCCCAGGCCCAGAAUUUGGGGUCAGGCCAAUGCAGUAAUGUACCGUAUAAAUCCAUGAUGGGCUUUUGACAGCUUAUGAUUAAUUAAUGUCUAAAAUCUCCAAAGUUAAAUGAGAUGAUGAAAGCCAUUCUAAGAAAUUAUAUCUAAUUGAUUAAUAAUGUACUCUGAGGGUGUUUGUUGUUUGAUUUUAUUUAGAAGAGCAAGUAGGCCGAGUGUGGCUCAGCCAAGAAUGACUAAUAACCUCUCAGCUUUCAGUACAAAGAUAAUUAGAAUGUGUAUUAAUGAGUUUGAGUCUUCCACUUGCCUGUGCUGUAAAAAGGGAUGUUUCUGUUUCCAAAAAAAAAGUUUGAUAUGGAAAUGAAAAGAAUGUGCGUUUAGGUUUGAUGUCAGACACAGUUUUAAUAGUGUUAUGUUAAUCCAUCCUCUGAGGUCCUGCACUAAGUUACCUGUGAAAUGAAUAAUGGCAAAUUAUUCUCAUCACUCAAAGUUUAAAAGUAAGCUCUAUGUUUGCCAAAGGUUUCCCCUAAGUUCUUUAUGACACAUGUCACAGGUGAAAGGUUUCUGAAAUGCUUGAGGGAAGAAAUGUACAAGUAGAGAGAGUAAAGUUAGAGAGAAGCUGGACAAGGUACCUGCAACUCAGAUGUGACAUCUGCACAGGAACAUGAGCUAAAUGUGACACCGCUGUGCAACCCACAUUCCUGUGAAUGCUGAGUCAGCCCCAUGGCUGCUGAAAUGCCUCUUAAACUGUCCACACUCACUCCCCCACAUGCUGCUCUCAGACCCACGGAGGAAACUCCUAGCCUUCUCCGGCUCAGGAAUCCCCCACUUAGGAGCACAUGCCUUUUAUUUUCUUUUUAAUACUACUCCCAUCAAAAGGACAGAGCAAGGCUUUCACUUCCGAGGCUUAUUUAACAGCUAGUUACCCAGACACCUUCCAAGACUGUGCGAACAUAGCAAUGGGCCAAUAGACAAAUAUCUGUCCUUAUAAAGCUGGAAAUAUGCUGUUUUGAUUUAUAUGAAAUUAUAGUCCCCCCCCCUUUUUUUCCAAUACUGUUGGUUUGGUAAUAGGUGCUGAGCAGCAGGAGUUGUAAUUCUCCUCAGUCCUGUUUCUGGACCAUCACACUUCGUCAUUCCUAAGAGAAAUAACCCAACCAGCAGUUCCUGUCCUGGUUCUUCAAAGUGCCAGCUGUGUAUUCAGGAAGCGAUCAGCCUGUCCAGGGUAUCGUUUUAGGACCUCCCAUUUUGUGUUCGUUCCACUUCUUAUGGAAACCGUUUUGCUUUGAACCUUUGAACCCUCAAGAAAGGAAAACCAUCAGAUCAUUUAACUUUGUUAUUUAUUAGUAGUUUAGAGGUAGACAUGAUAAGGCAGUAUGAUAGUUAAUAUUUAAAUAGCAUUUGCUAUCUGACAACACGUCUCUCAAGUGUUUCUGUAUAUGUAUUAUAUGAUAUCAAAUUAAGGACACAUUCUUAUAUAUUAUGCCUUAAGUGAAUAUACAUACAGUAUAUAUUUUAAGUACAUAUUUAUAUAUUUGUUUAUAUUCACUUAAACUUGCAAUGAUCCUGCUUUUAUAGACAAAGGCAAUAAAAUGAAUACCCAAAUGGAUUUAAUAGCUACUCAAGCUACCCAAAUUAUAUAGCUUUUGAGCAUUUAUAUUUGAGUUAGUUUAUUCUAAACAGCAGCUUGAUGGUGCCUCAGUCUACGGGCCUCACUUAUUUGGAUCUUGUUUGGACUGUUUUUUCUUUGACUGUUAGGCACAGACAUCUGUAUAAAAGAAAGACAUUGUUUGCAAAAGGCCCAUGUUGCUUUUUUAGUACAUAGUACAUAACAGUACAUAACAAAUUCAUUAAAUAUCAGGACAUAUAACUGACAAUCAGCAUUUAAAUGUGAUAUCUUUAUAUUUAAGCAACACUCUAUAAGGAAGUUCCUCCUAUAAGCUAAAAUUAUCUACAACAUACAAAUGUAAGAAGAGUAGUCUAAGAUGCAAGGUAGGUCAUAUCACAAGCUAUGAAUAUACAUAAAAUUAAUCACUGCUAUACAUUAAAUGUUGACUUAAAGCGACUAUCACUUUAGGAACUAAACACCCCAAAAGUGAGAAAAUGUUUAGGUACGUUUGGUGGUACACAACUGUAAUCCUAGUACUGAAGUUGCUGAGGUAGGGGGAUUGCAAAUUUGAGGUCCCCCUAGGGUACAUACUGAUAUCCUGUCUUUAAAAAAGCACCAAUUUUCUAAAAAGGAAAAAAAAAACAAACAUUUAUUCUGAGUUCUACUGAGAAAAUACAUUCUUAGUAGAAAAACAUAAAAGUACAAGUGUGCUUAAUAUAUAUAAUGUCUAAAUUUAUUUUUAGAACUUCUUGAACUUUAAGUAAAUUCUAUUAAUUUCUGUGAAUCUAAAGAGGAAUAUAAGCUCUUGAAUUUUCAUGUUAACAGUGGAUACAGAAGUCCAGAUAUCAAAGAAAAACCCCAAUAAAGUUGCUAACACAUUA